UCCUCUUCUCUCUGUUGCAGACGACAUUGUCACCGUCGAGAUCCUCUGCCGUUGUCGCCGCCGAGCUUCGCCGCUACCUCCCCCCUCCGCCUCCCUCCACCCCUGUCGCCCCCUCCAACGACGUUGUCCCGCGACCUUCCGCCUCCCUCCAACCCCUGCCGAGCCCUCCAACGACGUUGUCCCACAACCUUCCGCCUCCCUCCAACCUCUGCCGAGCCCUCCCACGUCGUUUGUCACACCGUCCACCUCCCACUACUGUCGCAACCUCCGUAUCCCACCAUCGUCGCCGCCGCAAGUUCACCGCCUCUCCCUUUCCUCAUCCCCUGAUUUUUUUCCCAGAUCUGUGAUUUUCCAGAUUCCAAAUCUGGUUUUUUGUGUUAGUCUCUAGUGGUAGCGUACCACUAUCACUGGUAGCGUAUUACUAGUAGUGGUACUAGUGAUAGUGGUAGACGAAAACACUACCACUAGCCCACUGAUUGAGUGAUACUUUUUUUGCAGGGGGGUCGCAGCGAGUACGAUUGAAGGAUUUCACCGGAGAAAGUCUGUCGGUCGGAGAAAGUCAGGCGAUGGAGGUCUCGUUGCUGUCUAGUCUGACUGACUGUCUAUGCUCUGUCUGGGACGGAGGAAGGUGCGGAGGAAGGCGAGGCCGCGGGUGGAAAGGCGAUGUCGCGCAGCGGAGGUGAGGGCGCGGGGAGGCAACGGUGUCGGGGUGGCCAAGCGGGUGACGACGUCGUUGUGCCGGCGACGAAGUUGGAUUUAUUUAUGCUUCGUCUGCGCGCAGCCGCUGGUAGGACAAGGGAUCGAGAUGGAGGUGAGGAAAUAAUGGGAGAAGGGGAAGGGGAUUAGGGUUAGCGGGUUUUAUACUUUUGGUUGGGGCGGCGUCGUUUAGCCGGUUAACUGACCUAUCUCUCCAACCAUCCUAACACCGACCGAACAUCUGGUAAAUUGGUUAUCGGAUAACCGAAAACUGCCGAUUAUCAAUGUUAACCGCUAGUUAACCGGUAACCGAUAAUCGAUUUAUCAGCCCUAGGACCAACUGAUUCUUUACAUGGUAUCAGAGUCUUCUGUAGCCGAGAGGUUUUGUGCUCGAAAUCUUGUGGCCCCAUUUGUGAAGCACAUGUAUUCUAGUAUUAAGUACAUGUUCAAAAGAAAACCCUUAUGAGUUGACUGGCUUUCAUUUUAGGGGGUGUGUUAGUGAGAGGUAUAAGAUCUAUUAUUGAACCUCUACCAACAACUCGAGUUAUUGGGAUCAAUUGGUUCUUGAUAAUAUUAAUUUCCCUAUACAUAAUACAUGUCCUAGAUGGCACUAUAAUUUGAAGAACCUGUCCGCACACCACAAGCCCCGACCCUGGGAGGAACUUCAAGGUGAGGGGAAUGGCUCUAGUGAGGUCAAACUUUUUUUUAAUCAAAGAAAUGUGCAAAGUACCCUUACCUCAUAACAUUAAUGUGACGGAGUCUAGAUAUGCCCAUAACGUAUACAUGAUCUAUUGGUGGAUCUCGGGGUCAGAAGAAGACAUAAAGUGAACGUCAAAGGGGACCGAAAAACCCUCUUGUGCCAAACAGUCGGCUACAAAAAUACUCACACUAAACACUUGGGUGAGAUGAACUACCCUAGUCUUUUGUAAAAGACUGCAAAACUUAAGCAGAUUCGUGUACUGGUGCGACGGCUCAUCUGUCGCUUUGAAAUUGCUGAUGUCGAAUCCGUUUGCGGGACCGCCCACCGAUGUCCAAGCUGCGAGUGAGGUCAACUUUGUGUGGGAGAUGUUGAAGGAAGUUUUUUUUAUUUUGGAUUAGUGAUUUUGAUAAUGUUUAUUCAUUGUUAGUUCCCCAUUGGCAUUACAAAUUCCAUAAAAAUGAUGUGAAAUUGAAAAUCCUGUCUUAUCUUGCCCCUUUUGAAUUAGUUCGUUAAGAAUUAAAAAACCGAUGAAACAAGAAUUGAUCACCCUGAUAACGUUUUUAUAUAAUUUUAUAAGAGAAUACUAGUUACGGGCCCGGCCAGUUGGCCGGAUUAGUCGCCAAUCACAUAAAUAACAUUAUUAAAUUGAAUGUUAGAUAUGCGAGUUUUGAUAGUAUAAAAAAAUCAAAAUUAUUCGAAUACAUGAAACAUUCAAAUUGAUUGGUAUAUGAGAAUCCAAAUUAUUAAAGUACUUCAAUAAUUCAAAAUGAUCAAUAUCAUAUAUAGUAUUUUAUGACAUUGAAACUGACUCAUUGACUAAAAUCUUUUUACGGAAAUGAAAGACAAACCCUAACUGACUCCUAAAGGCAUUUUAAAAUCACCCUUCAACUUACUCCAACUUAUUAGAGAUUAGUCCACAUUUUCUUUUUGACUUGUUUUCACUUCCACCGUCAUGAGUAGCAUCAUCAUCUGCACCAAUAUUUUUGUCUUUAUCUCCAUUAGUGAUAUAUUUAUCUCCAUUGUCAAUUCCUCUUCAUUCUUCUCUUGCAUUUCCAUAUUCUCUUACUUUGGUUUUCCUGCAUUUUAAUGAGCACAAAAAUUUGAUGAAAACUAUUUACAAAUACCAAUAAUCUUCUUCACCGAAAUAGAGUUUACCUCAUCCAAAUUUUGAACAAUAUCAAGGAUUUUUUUUCUUCUCAUCACUGGUACUUGUAUCUUCGUCAUGAACAAUGUGAUUCUUCUUCUCAAGAUCAUCGUCAUCUCUAGCACUGGAUCUAGUGCAUCCACCAAUUAGUAUCCUAUUGUUCUCUUGCAUUAGUAUUAUGUAUUAAGAUCAUCUACAUUCAAAGGCACAACAUAUGAUGUUUAAAAUAAAUUGGAGUUAAAAUU